AUGGAAGAUGUGCGGGCUAGCUGUGCUUGGGUCGCUGCUAAUUCUUCUCAUGUCACCGUCGACUACUCAGGCAUUGAAAAAGUUACUGAAGCUAUGAAAGAUUCCAUACCAAAAGUGGAGUGGGAUUUUGAAGGGAUUCACUAUUUCGACAAUGGCCCUCUGACUGUUCAAUACUUACUCGUUUUGGAUGCCCUGAACUUCUGUUUCUGGCCAGACAAGGAUAUGGACUAUGAUCACUUGGCAUCUGGAUUGAAAGCAGCUCUUGAGGAGGACAAGUUUGCAUUUGAUGUAGAUCGGCUCCAGAAGUACACUGGUCCCCAAUUACGCAAAAUGUUGAAUUGGCCUAGACCCCUUCCUUUGGAGGAUGAAAGGGUGCGCCUACUCCAUGAGCUUGGCCAAGAGCUGGAAAGAAGUUUUGAAGGAAGGGCAUCAAAACUCGUUGAGUCUUGUGGAAAGUCAGCUGUAAAACUUGUGCAACUCAUGGCCCAACAUUUCCCUGUUACAGUAAUGAUAUUUCAUCUAACAAUUCUCUACGAUUCACGUGAAUUUGGUGAAGGCUUCCGCGACCACACUAUGUACAAAGGUCACCAGAUUUUCCUGUAUAAAAGAGCUCAGAUAUUUGCUGCGGAUUUGUGGGGUGCAUUUAAAGGUCAAGGAUAUGGAGAAUUUAAUGAUGUAGGCUCCAUAACUAUGUUUGCAGAUUAUAUUGUCCCAGGGGUACUUCAGCAACUUGGGGUGCUGAAAUACAGUUCAUCUUUGGCUAGCACCAUUGAGAAACAAUGUGAGAUUUGCUCAGGCAGUGAGGAGGAGGUAGAGUUGAGAGCAUGCUCUGUCCAUGCAGUUGAGAAAAUGAGAGAAUUACUGAAUAAAACUUAUGGGAAGCAGGUUUUAAGUUUGGAGCUGGAUCUUUGGUUAUGGUCUGUUGGUACUCGUUGCCCGACUCUUCGACAUCAUCGAACACUAUCUAUAUACUAUUGA